AUCUAUAAACUAAGUCCAUUAAUUAUAUUUGUAAGCUGCGAAAGUAAAAUAUUCAAAUCCAAUUUCUGAUGUGUAUAAACAAAGACAUUAAUAUAUUUAUAUCAUCUACAGUUGGCCAUUUUGAACCCCACGACAAUAUAUAUACAUAUAUAUAAAUAUACACUGCACACACACAUAUAUUUUUGUAGAGUCUUAAUUACCAAUUAAUAAAAAUAACAUGAAUCAAAAUGUUACCUUCAUGCUUCAUAUUAAAAAAGGACUAAAUAAAAACAGUGUAGGCUAUAAGGGGACAUAAGGUUAGGUAACGCGUCCGUUUUUGGUUCAUUUCAAAGUUGACAAUUUAUUUUCUAAUUUCCUCAAUAACGACAUAUAUGCACUGUUGGCUGGUAUGUGCUGCUCUUUGACCUUUGAACCAAUUUGACCUUGUCUACUAAAUAUUUAAAUCAUAAACUAAAUAUGACUUUGUGUGUCUACUUUGGGAAAGGUCUCUCCUGAAUACUGAUCGUCACUGACCUUUUAAGAUCUUGGGAAUUAUAUAUUAUGUCGUAUUCAGAAGUUUUUACGUCAGUUUUCAAAUGGUGGUGGUAUGAUACAAUGUGAAAUACACUAAGGUCUAAAAUAUUGAGUAAGGUGACAAACUGCGCAUGUCAGAAUGACAUUACAUGUAUUUGAGGAGUAACAAUUGUUUUUUGCUAGAGUCAAUUGCGAGUGAUUGAUAUAGAAAACACAGCAAACCAUCAAUUCCCGGCGAGGUUAUGAGUGAGGCGUCCUAACUGAGAUCCCGCUGAUUAAAAGCCAAGAUGCAGUGGUUUGCCGUAUCGUUCUUUGGCCUAGCCGCCAUGAUCCACAUUAUAUCCGCCAGAUUCCGCGCCAUCUAUCCACCAGAAGAAAUCUUACAAUGCUUUGAAGAAAAGCGUUUCCAUAGCAAUGCCACCGAUCCACGUUGGGACUGUAGCCACAGUUGGUGUGUACAAAAGUUCCGAUGGCACAUGGCUAAAAGAUUGUGGCAUAACAUUUCUAGUGAAACUAAUCAGUGGGUAGAAGAGCUUCUGCGCAUGACGGAAGGAGAAAGGCGGAAGCGACAGGUUGAACCAUUGAGAGUUCGACAGGAGUACCGUCGUCUGACGGACACACAACGACGGAAUUACCAUAGAGCAAUACAAAUGCUGAAAGCAGAUUCGUCUAUACAACCAAAUCGGUAUGACGCAUUAGCCAAUCUUCAUCAGAAACUCGGAGACGAUAUCCAUCAUGGCGCUGCCUUUCUAGGUUGGCACAGGGUCAUGCUUAUCAUAUACGAGAAUGCCCUUCGCCAGAAAGUUCCCUCUGUGAUUUUGCCGUACUGGGAUUCACGGAUGGAUGAACGUCUUACCAAUCCGAGCCUUUCUGUGAUGUGGACAGGGGAAUUCAUCGGUAACGGCUUUGGGAGAGUCGUUAACGGACCAUUUGCUUACUGGCAAACCCCUUCGGGUCCUCUAGUCCGAAACUUGGGUCAGGAGGGCCAACUGCUGUCGAACAGACAGACACAAGCUAUACUAUCGCGAGUCAGAAUGUCAGACAUUACAGAGCCGCAUGCGCAGCCUCCAUUUGACUUUGAAAUCCGACACGGUGAGGUUCAUAAGUGGAUUGGCGGUAUAAUGGCGCCAGCCGAACAUUCCGCGUUUGAUCCAGUAUUUUUCCUGCAUCACGCCUUUGUGGAUUAUUUGUGGGAACUAUUUCGUGUGAACCAGCGUAGAGCCGGGGUAAAUCCUACCACAGACUAUCCCCGGAGAUUUGGUCCGGCGUCACAGUCCCCGACAUCUAAAAUGGGUUUCGGAAAACUCAACAUGAUUCACGGUCUGAGUGAUAUAUACACGUCACAGAUUUACACGUACGAGAACUCUCCCACAUGCACAUACCGGCAGACAACUUGUGGAACUAAGUACCUCCGGUGUGAGGUACGAUUCGGGUCGCCUAACUGCGUAAGUGUCACUGCAGCCGAGUCUCAAGCCUUUGGCAACGGAAGUCCGUCCAGAAUGGGCACAGCUAGAGCAAGACCAACUUCCCGUUCCGGCAACAACCAACGUCCGAGACCGAUGUCCCGCAACGGAAGUGCGUCACGAACACGAGGAGGGACAAGGAACACAAACUUAGCUCAGUCGCGUGGACGGCAAUUACCUCCUGUUGGAGCCCAAUCACGAGGGAGACAAAUGCCCCCUGGUGGACCCCAGUCACGUGGUAGGCCCAACAUGUGGUCACAACAAACCCCGAUAGCACCACAGCCACAACAAAAUUCAAAUAGACAAAUGCCGCCAUUUCCGCCAAAUUUCUUCGGUACCAGAGCAAAAAGGAGUUUAGGAAAAGGAAACGGGGCCGAUGAACAGUUACAAACUUUUAGAAGUAUGGGCGAAAUAUGUCCGGUCAAAGAGCCACCGCAUGCCAUACAAAACCUAUUUGAAAUGAACGGAAUAACAGACACAAGAGUUUGGGUUUAUGUUCCCGUUCAGAUUGUGUUAAAGCGAAAUCCCCAACUUCAAAAGUUUAACGUUUUUCCAAUUCAUAGCUCAAAAAUGGUUGACACUGUAGACUUAUAUGAUCCUACACAAUAUUCUAGUUUAAAGGAUCAAUUUAUACCUAAACCCGAGCGCGGAGACCAACAGUGUAAAGAAGACAGACAUGAUUCUGUUUUCAUGAAAAUGAUGGUCCACAGCAAUGGUCUGAACUACCACGGUACCUAUCGAGAAUUUGCACUACUUAACGCGAUGCAACCGUUUUCUUCCUCGAUUGCUUAUAUAGCGGUAAAAAGUCCAGAAAAACAUUUGACGGAAGUACUUUUCACCACAUACGAUGAGUGCGGAAGGGUAUGUCAACCAUAUUGUCGAAAAUCAGGACGAUUUGUUCCUUGUUCUGGAGCAAUGCAAAUAACUUCAUAUCCUCCUAAAAUGUACGGAACAGACUAUGGGGACGCCGUCCGGUUAGUUUGGGACUUUUCAGGGGGUUUACCAAUUUUGAAUCAUGACAGAAUUGCUGUGAGAUUUUUAUGUUAAAUAAUUUAUUUCCUUUCUGUUUUUUGUCUCGUCUCUUUGUUAUUACAAUGUCACUGAACAAA